AUUAAUCUCAAUUAUUUUUGAAAAAACCCAUUCUUUUUGAAAACGACGGUUUAAAUUAAAAAUAAAAUCAACACUUUCCCCCUCACCCAACUUUCUCUCUCCUCCUCCAAAAACCCUGCCUCCUUCCCUCUGCUCACUCGUUCAAUCUCUCACUUGAAAGAAACGAUGUCGUUGAGGCCAAAUGCGAGGACGGAAGUUCGUCGGAACCGGUACAAAGUUGCCGUCGACGCCGAUGAAGGUCGACGGAGAAGAGAGGAUAAUAUGGUGGAGAUCCGGAAGAAUAAGAGGGAAGAAAGCUUGUUGAAGAAGCGUCGUGAAGGUCUUCAGCCUCAGCAGCAAUUUGCUCCUCCUCUUCAUACUUCUACUGUUGAGAAGAAGCUAGAGAGUUUGCCUAAUAUGGUGGCUGGGGUUUGUUCUGACAAUAAUCAAUUACAGUUGGAGGCCACUACGCAGUUCCGAAAACUUCUGUCAAUUGAAAGAAGCCCGCCAAUUGAGGAAGUUAUACAAGCUGGAGUUGUUCCCCGCUUUGUGGAGUUCCUUCAGAGGGAGGAUUAUCCACAGCUACAGUUUGAGGCUGCAUGGGCUCUCACAAACAUUGCAUCAGGGACCUCAGAAAACACCAAGGUGGUAAUUGAUCAUGGGGCUGUUCCAAUAUUUGUGAAGCUUCUUGCUUCUCCCAGUGAUGAUGUUCGUGAGCAGGCAGUGUGGGCAUUGGGUAAUGUUGCUGGUGACUCUCCUAGAUGCCGGGAUCUAGUUCUUAGCAGUGGUGCACUGAUUCCAUUGCUUGCUCAACUCAAUGAGCAUUCCAAGCUGUCCAUGCUUAGAAAUGCAACAUGGACUUUGUCCAACUUUUGUAGAGGAAAACCACAACCUCCCUUUGAACAAGUGAAGCCAGCUCUUCCUGCACUUGAACGUCUUGUUCAUUCAAAUGAUGAAGAAGUAUUGACAGAUGCCUGCUGGGCACUUUCUUACCUAUCGGAUGGACCAAAUGACAAGAUUCAAGCUGUGAUUGAGGCAGGUGUAUGCCCAAGAUUAGUUGAGCUCCUCAUGCACCCAUCUCCUUCAGUGCUGAUUCCCGCCCUCCGUACAGUUGGUAAUAUCGUCACUGGAGAUGAUUCACAAACACAGUUUAUCAUCAACAAUGGUGCAUUGCCAUGUCUUUUGAACCUGUUGACAUUGAAUCACAAAAAGAGCAUUAAAAAGGAAGCUUGUUGGACAAUAUCAAACAUUACAGCUGGAAAUAAGGCACAGAUUCAGGGUGUUAUUGAAGCUGAUUUGGUUGGCCCUCUAGUCAACUUGUUACAAACUGCGGAGUUUGAUAUAAAGAAAGAAGCUGCUUGGGCAAUAUCGAAUGCUACAUCCGGUGGAGCACCAGAGCAAAUAAAGUAUCUCGUGAAUCAGGGAUGCAUAAAGCCGUUAUGUGAUUUACUUGUGUGCCCUGAUCCAAGGAUCAUCACUGUUUGUCUAGAAGGGUUGGAGAACAUCCUGAAGGUUGGUGAAACAGAGAAGAAUUCUGGAACCACUGGAGAUGUUAAUUACUAUGCGCAGAUGAUUGAUGAAGCUGAGGGAUUGGAAAAGAUUGAAAAUCUACAAAGUCAUGACAAUAAUGAGAUUUAUGAGAAGGCAGUCAAAAUUCUUGAAACAUAUUGGUUGGAGGAAGAAGAAGAGACUGCUGUACCGGCUGCUGAUGAUUCUCAAGCCGGGUUCCAGAUGUGGAACAAUGAAGCUCCAUCUGGUGGUUUCAAGUUUGGCUGAAGGUUUUGAGGCAUAAGUGGCAGUGUGUUGAAGUGAACAAGAUGGAUUGUGGACUCUAGCUUGACGUCAGGUGGAGUUGAAGGUCCAGCUCUGCUCGGGCUGGGUUUGGUUAUGAAUAUAGCAAGUGUCAACUGUCAAGUCUGUGUGGUCAAGGAGGUUCUGCCAAUGGUGUAAUUGUGAUAGUGGUUUGGUGUGGUGUUCCUCCGUGUAUUAUUACCCUUAUGUUGGGUAUUUAUGUCAAAUAGUGGAUUCUUUAUUGGAUCUUUUGUUGUUUGGGGGGGGGAAUGGGGGUGUUAGGUCUGAAAAGAUGGGUUUUGAUGUUCGAUACAAGUACGAGUAGUAUUUUUGUCCUAUAGAGUACUGAAUAUUUGUUUUCGACUUGCUGUUUAUUCUUUUGCCUGGCAACCCAAGUUUUACUUUCCGUCGUCAUACACUUCUGACCCGGGAUACAUGUCCAAGUGAAAGUCAUAAAAUCAGGUAAACCGAAAGAUGAUAUUUGUGCUGGGUGUAUGAAAUAAUAAAUGUGUAAUGGUGCUUGAUAAUUUUUCCGAUGUAUUA